AGGCCCGGAAUGGUACCGUCCCGGGCCCCUGAUUGGCCGGCGGCGCGGGGGCGUGGCCUCCGGAGCCUGGUUCGGCGCGCCGGAGCCCGCUCUCCGCAGUGCGAGUCGGGCCGGGAGCGGAAGCCAUGGUGCUGCUGCACGUGCUGUUCGAGCACGCGGUCGGCUACGCGCUGCUGGCGCUGAAGGAGGUGGAGGAGAUCAGUCUGCUGCUGCCGCAGGUGGAGGAGUGCGUACUCAGCUUGGGCAAGUUCCACAACAUCGUUCGUCUCGUGGCCUUUUGUCCCUUUGCCUCGUCCCAGGUUGCCUUAGAAAAUGCCAAUGCUGUGUCUGAAGGUGUUGUUCAUGAGGACCUCCGCCUACUUUUGGAGACCCACCUGCCAUCCAAAAAGAAAAAAGUACUCUUGGGGGUGGGGGAUCCUAAGAUUGGUGCUGCUAUCCAGGAGGAGUUGGGAUACAACUGCCAGACUGGAGGUGUGAUAGCCGAGAUCCUGCGAGGAGUCCGCCUGCACUUCCACAACCUGGUAAAGGGCCUGACCGAUCUCUCUGCUUGUAAAGCCCAGCUGGGCUUGGGACACAGCUAUUCUCGUGCCAAAGUGAAGUUUAAUGUGAACCGAGUGGACAAUAUGAUCAUCCAGUCUAUUAGCCUUCUGGACCAGCUGGAUAAGGACAUCAAUACCUUCUCUAUGCGGGUCAGGGAAUGGUAUGGGUACCACUUUCCUGAGCUGGUGAAGAUCAUCAACGACAACGCUACGUAUUGCCGCCUUGCUCAGUUCAUUGGAAAUCGAAGGGAACUCAAUGAAGAAAAGUUGGAGAAGCUGGAGGAGCUGACGAUGGAUGGGGCCAAGGCUAAGGCUAUUCUGGAUGCCUCGCGGUCCUCCAUGGGUAUGGACAUAUCCGCCAUCGACUUGAUAAACAUCGAGAGCUUCUCCAGUCGAGUAGUAUCUUUGUCAGAAUAUCGCCAGAGCCUACACACUUACCUGCGAUCCAAGAUGAGCCAAGUAGCCCCCAGCCUGUCAGCCCUGAUUGGGGAAGCGGUAGGUGCACGUCUCAUUGCUCAUGCUGGCAGUCUCACCAACCUCGCCAAGUAUCCGGCAUCCACAGUGCAGAUCCUUGGGGCUGAAAAGGCCCUGUUCAGAGCUCUGAAGACAAGGGGUAACACCCCAAAAUAUGGACUCAUUUUCCACUCCACCUUCAUUGGUCGAGCAGCUGCUAAGAACAAAGGCCGCAUCUCCAGAUACCUGGCAAACAAAUGCAGUAUUGCCUCCCGAAUCGAUUGCUUCUCUGAGGUACCCACAAGUGUAUUUGGGGAGAAGCUUCGAGAGCAAGUUGAGGAGCGACUGUCCUUCUAUGAGACUGGAGAGAUCCCACGGAAGAAUCUAGAUGUCAUGAAGGAGGCGAUGGUUCAGGCAGAGGAAGCGGCUGCUGAGAUUACUAGAAAGCUGGAGAAACAAGAGAAGAAACGCUUGAAGAAGGAAAAGAAACGACUGGCUGCGAUGGCCCUCGCAUCCCCGGAAAACAGCAGCAGCACCCCGGAGGAGUUGGAGGAGAUAAAUGAAAAACCCAAAAAGAAGAAAAAGCAAAAGGUACAGGAAACUCCUCAGGAGAACGGCAUGGAAGACACACCUGUCUCCUCCAAACCCAAGAAAAAGAAAACUUCCAAGGAGGAGCUAGUCGGUAGUGAUGUUGAAGAGACAGCUGGCAGUACAAAUCUUCCCAAGAGGAAGAAAUCUUUCUCCAAAGAGUCACCUGUAAGUGACCAGGAAGAGGCAGGAAACAGAGUUGUGUCUAAGAAAAAGAGGAAAUUCUCUUCCAGGGAGGAGCCACUCAGCAGUGGACCUGAAGAGGCUGCCAGCAGCAAAAGUAACAGCUCCAAGAAAAAGAAAAAGUCCAAAGUAUCCCAGGAAGAUUAACAGGGACAUUUUCCCCAUAUGGGGUGUAACCCAUGGUGACAUUUCCCACCCAUCCCCUAUACCCCAAUAAAAAC